UGAUAAAUGACCUGAUAGGGGGUUGCAGGGGGGGAGCUGUUCUUGUUUUUGUUGUUUUGCACAAUAAAGACUUUUAUGAGGGCCGACAAUAAAGAUUGGCCGUCGUUUUGAAGUCUGUCAAAAUUACAACAGAGUAUUUCUUCAGACCGGGAUGAUGAGAGUCGUCCGUUGAGGAUUUCAGCAUUCCUGACACGUAUACCGUACGUCUUUUGGAGGAAAGUAAAUACAACCAACGUUUCAUGCGAGGAUGCAAUUGUUCAAAGGCCUUGAAAACGCAUGAGAAACCGCCCGCCAGAAUUAUUCAACCAGUUUCUAAAGAUGCGCUCGGUAUGCGUCGCCCUCACACUCCUCUUAGUUUAUUUGAUACUCGUAUUCCUGGCAUUCCGCUUCUUGGACAUCAUACUCUGGUAUCAGCAUGGUGUGCCGUCGACGCAGAUUGUCAAUCCACUCCUCCUGAGUGUACGACAGCUGAAACAACUCUUAGAGGUACGUGGAGUCAGCUACACUGGCUAUGUCGAGAAAAAGGAGUUGGCACAGCUUGUUGAAGACUCAGCCGAUGUUGUACAAGGGGAGGUUGAAGAAUUGAUCGAAUCUAACUUGAGGGAAAAGGACAGACUGUCGUUUGCGCCCAGCGCCUCUCAUUUUACGGGCUCAGCCCAUUUCUACGAAGAAGUCGAGGAUACAAAAGACAGCGUAUGGCUCGUGCAAGUCGUACCAACCUCAAAGCGAGAACCGCUUUUGGACGACUACACUUGGACGAUAGUGCGAAACCAAGUUGCCCCGUUUGCUAUACGAACUGGGAUCUUCGACUGCCGGGUCGACAGUGGACUUUGCAAACGGAAAGGAUGGACCAAGUCGCUUUUACUUUUGGCCAUGCCAAGAGGAACAAAGCCAAAAGACAAAGUUAUUAUGAGAACCUGUCAGCUUACUAGAUCUAGUGCUAUAAUUGAAUGGCUGCGAGAACAGUUAUCAGUUAGAGUGAAAAAAGUAUCGAGUUAUGAUGAUCUUGAGAAAGAUUGGCUUCAUACGAGCAGCAAUUCUACUUCAAAUGAUAAAAAUAUUUCGGUUAAAGUACUGCUACUCACACAUCUCUUACAUCCCCCUUUAUUUUUAGCAGCACUCAGCAUUAAAUUUACUGGAAGAAUAACAUUUGGAAUGUUCACGGUGAAAAAAGAAGAAACAAGCAAAAUAGGAAAAGUCCCGGCAUAUCUUGUUAUAACGCCAGACAAAACUAUGGUUUAUGGUAGGAGAAGAAUGGAACAUUAUAAUCUAAAAUCUAUGAAUGCUUAUCUAAAAUCAAUUCAACCAGAGAUGAAUGAUUUUUUCUUAUGCAGUCUUCUCCUUGUAAAUAUGUUUGCUGUAUUGCAAUUUCUUCAGGUUUGCUCUGAUUCUUGGCUGAGAUUGAUUGUUGCCAGUUUAUGGACAAUAGUGGUGUGCAAUUUACUGCUGUUUUCAGGGUGGCUUAUAGCUUUUAGAGUGUUAAGGUGGCCAAUAAUUUCUUCAUUGUGUGAAUGGUGUCUUAGUGCAGUAAGAGCUAUCGCUUUAAGUGAGACCGGUUCGUUGGUCCGAUCGGAUUGGCUCCGGUUACUUCGUUCAACGUGGCUUUUUGUAUGUUCUCUCUUUGCGUUCGGUUUCUACGCCUGCAGGAAGUUGUCACCCGGAGAAUCGUCCGGAACGAGCUGGUGGGACAUCUACUGCCUUAUCAGAUAUCAGCAACCACCUUUGAUUGAACACGAAGCGAGGGAUUUAAUCGAAAGGCUGGCUGUUCCUAGCUUCUGGCUCCAACCGAUGCACCAUUACGACUAUAUCCGAGACCUGCCUGUUUGGACGUUCCAACUGGAGAAGAAGGUCAUAAAAAGAGAUACCCCGGAGGCCAUCGAGACAAUAAUGGACUCCAAUGACGACAACAUUAUUAAUGAACUGACUCAGAGAGAUUUGACAUUUGAAAACCAACUAACAUUAGAAUGUGCAAUAUGCCUGGACAAUUAUACCCCAGGUGUCAACAUAGUCUCCCUUCCCUGUUCCCACAACUACCAUCAAAAUUGCAUUUCUACUUGGCUUUACAGUGGCAAACACGACUGUCCUAUAUGUCGUUGGCCGGCAUAUAGAUCUAAAAAACUCAAUUAAUUUUGACAUUCCUCUCAUUUUAUUUUAUUGUGAUACCCUCACCUCUCAGCUUAUCUCUGUGAGGUGUAAAUAUAUUGUUACCAAUUAAAAAUCAA